AUGACCAAACUCGUAGUUUCCCUGUUAGUAUGAACGAUGAAAUAAUAUUGAUUACAAUGUGCAUUGUGUUCCAGGAUGAAAUUCAAUGAAGCAUUUGUUUGGAUAGGAGUUUUUCAUUGCUAUAGAAGACCAUUCCAUUUAUAAAAAACUAUUAUCCCAGGAAUAUAGUAAAGACCUAACCAUAACUUGUAGUCUCUUUCUCAAAAGUUUAUCAGAAAUCAAAUUUGAAAUACUUUUCAAGUAUUGUUUUUUUUUCUAUCGCUGUUUAUUUGCCAAGAAGAGUUUCAAGUAUUGUUGUAGAAAAUAAAUAGUUCUGCCAAUGUUUGGUCUCAUUAUUCCGUCCACUUGAAAGAUGUGCUGAUCGACGAGACAUAGCAGUUGCCUGGAUAGGAGGUUCUUGUAACCCCCAGCAUCUUCAUGGCAGGGUCGUAGAGAUCCACCUAUUAAGAAGAAGAGCCCAGUGCAUAGGUUUUAAGACAAAUUAUAGGAUGUUUGACAAAGCUCAGACUUACAUAGAAUAAAUUAGGCGAAUUUAGUUGUGUUUCAUGUUUGUGUUAAUAUUUAUCGUCUUCGUUUCUAUCAAAAUUGGCCGACGACUUUCCAUGAUGUGUUUGACAACAAACAUAGAUCAUGCGCAAUGUUGGUCAAAAGACAUUAUGCUGUUCUCUAGUUGAUAUUCAUGUUGAGUUUUACUAUUUUGCGAUGGAAUGUCUGAAUUAUGGAAAAAUUUUAUAAGAAAAUAGGCACAACCUGUUGAUUCCAUCCCUGCCAUUGACAUUGCUUGGUUUUAGCGACCUAGCAGUAGACAAAAAAGCUACAACAUGGACCUGAAUUAUGUCUGUUGGAAGGACCGUCUAGCUUACUCGGAUUAUUGAUCAAAUAUUUGAAGAAAUUUUCACACUUUGCGAGCAAAAGGUCAGAACAGCGCAGUUUGGAAUGGAAAUUGCAAAUCUACCAAUCGAGUUGUUGGAGCAGGUUUUUCGGCUUUUGCCGGUCGAGGAUUUGGAGAGUGCUGCCCUAGUAUGUCUAAGCUGGAAGGAAAUAAUUCUAACAGUUAUAAUACCAAAAUAUGUGGCCAUUCAUAUUAAACCCGUUCAUCCUGUAACUCAUCAGCUUAUCAGCAUUCCUGCCGAGCUUUCGGUUCACAUGAAAAAACCACGAGCAAAAUCCAAUUAUAAACUGACUAUUCAUGACGAAGAAGUAGCGAAGGCUGCAGAAUUCUUGGAAUUCUUCGAGCAAUGUGGACCGAGCUUAAAAUCGUUAGAUCUCCAGAUUAUGCAACUCACAGCAUCGAUUUUAAAGGUGUUUCCAUAUCUGGGAAACUUGGAAGAGCUGCAUUUAACUACUGAGUCCGACGAACUUUACGGCUCGAAACCUUCAAAUCCAGAACUGUACCUCGGAGUACUGAAAAAUCUCAAAUCACUGAAACUUACUCUUCCAAACUAUUUCGUUUUACUAAAUGCUGCUCAUUUAAGCGGAGCUCCUCUAACAGUAAUUGCUCUGGAACGUUUCGAAGCAGAGCUGAGGCAUCUGAAGCCCCUGCUUCAACAACAUUCCGGCACCCUUCGGGAGCUUACCGUGCGUGUUGAAGAGAUGAAACCGUUUCUUCAAUUUCUGAACUCCUUAACGGAUCUUCACCUCACGAAGUUCAACAUCAAAAGCGCUGGCGGCGAUGACGAUUUCACUGACGCUAUCAUCCAUUUAUUUGACCAACAAUCACAGCUCCGGGUUCUCAAGGUGGGAUCCGAACUUUCGCUCCGUGCCGUUGCUGCGAUUCCACGGAUGCUGCCUGACCUGCAGGAAUUGGACCUGCUCACCGAAAGUAUUAACAACUGUAAAGCAUUCCAGGAGCUACGGCAUCUUCGCAAGCUGACCAUGUCUCUGUAUGACGUGCGGGCCUGGGACGAGACGGCCUCCAUCGACAGCGUGAUCGAUUUUUCUUUGGCCGUGACCUUUCCCUUGGUUUCGCCGGCCAUCUUCUGCUCAUUCCCCAACGUCAAGCGCUUCUGCCUGGAGGACGUCGACGAUGAUUCACUCAUGCGCGAUAUCAUCGUGGUGCAAACGUUGAUGCAACAAGUGCGCAACGUCGAGCAUCUGGAUCUGGAGAACUAUGUGCUCAAAGAGCGUGAAAUACUCAACGAGGGAGUGCAGCGAUUCGAUUCGCUCCAAGGGCUCCGGGUGCUCAAAUACAGCUGCCGGGACAUGUCGGACGCAUCGUUGAUGACCAUGGGCCUGCCAGAGCUGCGGGAGCUUUUCCUGACGCACUGUCCCGGGGUAACGUUCAAGGGAAUUUCUUUUCUCACUCGGAAUUGCCCGUUGAUUGAGACGCUUCACAUCGAGUAUAACAAAACCGGAAUUACCGACGAUUGUAUCGAUGUACUGACGCGGAAAUUCCCUCGACUUCGGCGUCUAUAUUUGGUCAACUUGAAGGCUCUGACCAACGAAACUAUCGAGCUCAUUCUGGUGAAUUGCAAGCGUCUGAGGGAAUUGACUUUCUCUCACUGUGUCGGUAUCAGCAUGGAAAAAUCGGAAGUAAUCGAGAAGCUCAGCGCAAUCAAGUCAUUGCGGAAUUUAGUCUUUAGCUAAGCGACCUUACACUCCAUAACGGGUAUCGUAGAAAGUAUUAAUAUAAACAGAAUAUGUAUUGCCAGCGCAAAAGUAGUUCCUAAAUUAUGGUAUUUUGCUCUUCGGAAAGCUUUUCGGUGCAAUAGUUUACGCUUACUCUAUUACAAUGUUAUGUAGUUAAAACUAGUUUUUGGAAAAAAGAACAUAAUUCUGCUUAAAUUCAAUAAAAACGUUGUUAUCCCUUUAA